AUGAAGGGGACACUGCUUAUGCUGGCCUUGCUGGUGACCAGAGAGCUGGGCAUUGAGAUGGGUGAGACUUGCCCUAUUUUUUAUGAAGUCUUUGGCAUGGUGGCCCUUGGAGACAAGACACUGUUGAACGUCUCCCUUGAUCUGGUCAGCGCUACUGAACCGGAAAAAAUAGCCAUAGGAAAAAUCCAGGAUUGCUACAAUGAGGCGGGACCCAUAUCCAAAACCUUGGAUCUGAUCGUCAUGAGUACCAUCACCACCAGCGGCGAAUGCAUCAGCCACGCAGUGGACACGCUGACAGAUUUUGAAGAAGGCCUUCCCCAGCUGAUCCCUUUGGGGAGAUGAAUCUUUGUCACUGAUGCCCGGGCUGAGCUCUAUCUUCCUGCCCUUUUCUCCUUCUCACCUGAAGCUGGAAUCCAGACACCUGUCCCCCUCGAUGCAGUCAUCACCAGGUUGAUUCUAAUAAAAUAACUG